AUUUUAAAUUUUUACACGUCACACGUCAUCGUGACUAGGAAUUAUAUUUGUUGCCGAUUUUUACACAAGUAUUGUGUGGUUUCUUCAGUAAAUAAUAAUAUUAUCGCAUUAAUGGUAUUGGACUAGAAUAAAACAGCAUCAUGACUCUCACAAAAAUGGAGGUAGACUCCACCAAAGGCGAGGGAUUCCGGCCGUACUACAUUACGAAGAUCGAAGAAUUACAACUCAUUGUUGCCGAAAAAUCUCAAAACCUUCGUCGUCUGCAAGCCCAGCGUAAUGAGCUCAAUGCUAAAGUCCGUAUGCUGCGCGAAGAACUGCAACUGCUGCAGGAACAAGGCUCGUACGUCGGAGAAGUUGUCAAACCCAUGGACAAGAAAAAAGUGUUGGUAAAAGUCCACCCAGAAGGUAAAUUCGUUGUAGAUCUCGACAAGAACGUUGAUAUCAAUGAUGUCACCGCCAAUUGCCGUGUUGCCCUUCGCAAUGAGAGCUAUACUUUGCACAAAAUCCUGCCUAACAAAGUCGAUCCUUUGGUAUCUCUUAUGAUGGUGGAAAAGGUCCCAGAUUCCACUUACGAGAUGGUUGGAGGUUUGGACAAACAGAUUAAGGAGAUAAAGGAGGUUAUCGAGUUGCCGGUGAAGCAUCCAGAGUUGUUUGACGCUCUUGGUAUUGCGCAGCCUAAAGGUGUGCUGCUAUACGGGCCUCCAGGUACUGGAAAGACUUUAUUGGCUCGUGCUGUCGCCCACCACACCGAGUGUACCUUCAUCCGUGUCUCUGGUUCAGAGUUGGUCCAGAAAUUCAUUGGCGAGGGCAGCCGUAUGGUGCGAGAACUGUUCGUAAUGGCCAGGGAGCAUGCACCAUCCAUUAUCUUUAUGGAUGAAAUUGAUUCUAUUGGUUCCUCUCGUAUUGAAUCUGGCAGUGGCGGUGACUCUGAAGUACAAAGAACCAUGUUGGAGCUCUUAAAUCAGCUGGACGGUUUUGAAGCAACCAAAAACAUCAAAGUCAUCAUGGCUACCAACCGAAUUGAUAUCCUCGACCCGGCUCUGCUCAGACCUGGACGUAUCGACAGGAAGAUUGAGUUCCCCCCACCAAACGAGGAGGCACGUUUGGACAUCCUAAAAAUCCAUUCUCGUAAAAUGAACUUGACUAGAGGAAUUAACCUGCGUAAGAUUGCGGAACUGAUGCCUGGAGCAUCUGGUGCGGAGGUCAAGGGAGUGUGCACCGAGGCUGGCAUGUACGCUUUGCGUGAACGUAGAGUGCAUGUCACUCAAGAGGACUUCGAGAUGGCUGUAGCUAAGGUCAUGCAGAAGGACUCCGAAAAGAACAUGUCUAUCAAGAAAUUGUGGAAGUAAUUUAAAUUUUUCUCUGUAUUAGAUUCAAUAAGAUAAUUUUUAUUAU